UCUUGCCCCGGCUCCCCGGUUAAAUGUGGUGCCCCUCGCUUUGCAGGGUAAAGGACACAGUAAGCAGAUCCUGGUACUGGGCCUGGAUGGGGCUGGGAAGACUAGCAUUCUCCACUCUCUGGCAACUAACCACGUCAAGCGCAGCAUGGCUUCCACCGAGGGCUUCAAUGCAAUCUGCAUCAACACCGAAGAGUCCCAAAUGGAGUUUCUGGAAAUCGGGGGCAGUGAAUCUCUGCGUUCAUACUGGAAGAUGUACUUGCCCAAAGUGCUGUUGCUGGUCUAUGUCGUGGACUCGGCUGAUCAUGCCAGACUGCCUAUGGCGAAACAGCUGCUUCAUCAACUAAUCCAGAAUAACUCCACCCUGCCUGUGGUAGUUCUGGCCAACAAGCAGGACCUUGAAGUGCCACCUUAUACAUCUUACAUACCGGUACGCCCACGCAGCAGGAUACAUGUACUUGCAGAACCCAAGCCAGUAUUUUGUGAGAGCAGUCCCAGGCUUGCAUGGGGAGACCAAGAGACGAUAUGGACCCUCUCGUGGGGUGCUUUGACAGCUCGACCAUCUGCAAGAAUAUUGUCUCUGUCCAAGCCCAAGACAGAUUUUAGCAAGUACAGGUGCAGACCAGUAAUUGGUGGGCGUUCCCCGCUAGCAAAGUUUGGCUACCCUUCUGAACGGCUACUGAGGUUGGCUGAACCUAAAAAAUACCUCCCUGCUUACCUGGAGAAAAGAGCCCGUGAGUCCCCCGAGUGGCCUGUGUCCCUGGCUGCACAGAACUAUAAUGCCUCCCAGCGGAUACUGGAGCUUGCCCGGCCAAAGGGGCUGCACCCAGACUUCGUGCCGGCCAGAGAGGUGCCAACACGGGUUUCCAGCUUUGCAACCUCGGCAAAUGCAUCGGUCCGGGUCCAGAAACUCGCUGAGCCCUUGAUCAGGGAGUUGACCUGCUGCUCUAGGCACACCCAUCCUAGUUCAGUCAUCUCUACGGUUUCCAGGUUACCUCAGAAGGCGAUUGCGAGCCCUCGGACCAUUGAGCUGUCAAAGCCAAGACAGCUCCCUGCUAAGUACGCGCCCCCGCGGGAUCCAGAGUGGCCUGUGACAGAGGCUGCCAAGCGUGCAGUGGCUAGACCAAGGGUUCUGGAGCUGGCCCAACCUAGCACAAGACCUCGUAUGGGCUUGACUACACUCAACCCAGAUGCAUUCAGAGUGAAAGAGGCUGCUAAGAAGGCAGUUUGUUCUCCACGGCUCCAAGAACUAGCUCGACCAAUUCAGCGCUAAGCUCCCUCAGAAAUGCCUGCCAUCUGCCCACAUCACCCCCUGGAACAUCACUCUCUGGGCUGUGCUGUGGCUGGAAAAUCUCCUUGAACACAGCUCAGAGGCAGCACUCAACAGGAACACUUUCUGGGAGUUCAAAUAAAAUCAUCAUUCCUUAAGAACAGUCAUCAGGGAAAAUUAACAGAAUUCGACCUAAUGUGGGAAGACUCUCUCCUUAGGAUGGGUUACGUCUGGAGUUUCUCUCUUGAUUGUUUUGCUGUAAUAGUUUAAGAAGUAAUGAAACAACUGCUGGGGGAAGGUAGCACAGGAACUGUCCUUUCAUGCAGGGAAGCAUGGCAAACCAAACCCAAGAGUGCACAGUAAGUUGAUGCAACACAACUCCUGAAUUUGGAUUUAAAAUGUUUUGCUAAAGUUUAAACAUCAUCUUACUGACACUCAAACAAGAAGUCACGGAAGUAGAAAUACAAAAGGUACAAUGUGUGUUGAGUUGGCUUGGAUUUGGGGCCUGUUUUCUCAAAUGCCUGGAGAACAGGCAGAUCCAGUUAUGUAGGUGGGUUAAAGCUCUGUGGUUCAGAUACUCAGUUGUGCAACCCUGGGCAAAGUAAGAGAAUUCUUCACUGGGAUUUUUGGAGCCUAACUCAAAAAACCAGAGUUCCCCUCAGUGUAAGAGAGAAGGCAAGUUGCAAAGGCUAAGCAGAAAACAAGUAUUGAUGCCAGAGUCUGCAGAACAAAUUCUGAGCUCCAGUCGGAUCUGUGGAGGAGUCAGUUUGGCAGCUGGAUUGCCAAGAACAACAUAGCCUGUGUGGGGCAUGGCAGAAGGGAAAAUGCUUUUAUCUACUUCCUAUAUGGUUAGUGUGUUUUGCACUGGCUGCCCGAUCACUGGUGACAGGCUGGAGAUACCGAGGCAAGAGAGAUGCUCACCAGUAAGGGACAAAAGCCACAAAUGAAAGCAUGUGGCAGUUUCAGAGCCAAUGUAUUUUGAUCUUCCCUGUGUUAAGCUGAUUUUCCUUUCAAAGGAGUGGAGGCAGGUGACCACAAAUCAGAAGGGUAUUAAUCAUAGGAUCCAUUAAUUGAUUCAGUAAUCCACUAAGCAGAGGACUUUUUAACAAGGUAAGGUCACUGGGCAAUGGUACUUAUUAUUUUUAGAUCAGGCUUUGUCUUGUACCAGGAUGGAUGAGAGUUUGGACUUCAUCCAAGAGCCCCAGUGCAACUGCAUUCCUCAGGCUUGAGAAAGGCCAGGAGGAGGCUGGGGUCUCCCCCUAAAGCCCUUAUGCUGUGGGGUAACCCAAACACCACGAGCUUCUGCCACCCCAGGCAUUAAGAGGUGUGUGGGGCUGUGUGGGCUGCCAUGCAUGGACACCCAGGUGCCCUAAGAGACAGUUGCCUGUGGCUGUCCCUGUGGCAAAAGGAAAACCAACUGUGCCCACUGAGGCUGUCUGGGAAAAAUGUUGCCCUUCCAGAAGAAGGAGUCUGCCUCCUGUCAUGGGGGCAGGGAGCACAAGCAGGGACAUAACACAGCUCUUCUCAUCAAAAAUGUUGGGUUUUUAUUAUUGCACUGGGAAAAACCCCAAAACAACCCACGGGUUCUUUCUCUUUGGUGACCUUUAACAGAAAGGUAAAAAAGACAUUCAAGGGGUGCUUGGCUUGGUCUGAUUAUGGUGUAGGCACUUGGUUUGCCAGUAUCCAGAGCUGAUUCAGGAAUGUUGAGCCAAACCAGGUCACCUGAACAAUGCACUUGGUUUUCCAGAUGCCCUGUACCCUUUUCCAGAUGAUCUGUACCUUAAAGCUAGAACACAUACUUUGCCUCGGAGGAUUGUAAGGAAAAGGAAUCUUUAUUUCUUCAUUCUAUAUUUGAACAUAUAUCAUGGCAAAUUUUCUGCAAGCCUGGGACAAGGGCAUGAAAUUGCCUUUUCUUGUGCAGCUGCUGUUAAUGAGUUGGAAUCACUAGACAGGUUAUCAGCCUUCAAAAUUAUACACACAUAUAUCUAUGUAUAUAUAUGGGUUUUUUCUGGUUAUGUACAUGUUAAAUAAAAUUUAUGUUAAAUAGCAGAGUAUUACUUUGUAUCACAAAACCUAUUGCAACAGAAGAAU